AUGUCGGACCCAAAUGAAGAAGACCUCAUCCACACUUUCAAUGGGAUUGCCUUCACCACAAGAUCCUCUCCAGAACUUUUAAAAUCUCUGGCAUCUUUUGAGGCGAGAGACGACGAUGUCCUCUUGGUGUCCUAUCCAAAGUCUGGCACCCACUGGCUCGCUGAAAUCAUAAUGCUCCUUCAUCCUUCCAGAGUGGCUAUAACUUCUCCGAUUGAAUUUGGAGAUCCUUCCAAGCUGGAACAAUUGGACCAUCUUUCCUGCAAGAGAAUCCUUCCAACUCACUUGGAUUGCAAUAUGUUGCCACCCGCUUUCAAGCUCAAACAAUGCAAGGCUAUCUACAUUCUCAGAAAUCCAAAAGACACUGCCGUUUCCAUGUAUCAUUAUUACAAAGAGAAUCCCAACCUCCCCACCGUAGACGACUGGCGCGAAUUCCUGGAGAUGUUCCUCAAAGGAGAUGUUGUCUGUGGAUCCUGGUUUGAUCAUGUUUUAAGCUGGGAGGAAAACUCAGCAGGCAAGAGCACCCUCUUCUUGUUCUACGAAGACAUGAAAAAGGAUCUUCCGAACGUGGUGAAGAAAGUCAGUGCCUUCCUCGGGGUCAACAUCAGCGAGAGCAGGAUUCAUGACAUCUGUGCGAAAGCGUCAUUCAGCGAGAUGAAAACCAACACGGAGAAAGAAAACUACAAUCCGAACCAGACGGUCUGCGCACUCACCACCAACCGGAGGCUGGUUUUCCGGAAAGGUGCCGUCGGCGACUGGAAGAACCAUUUCACUCCCAAACAGAACCGGAUGUUUGAAGAGGCGUUUGCUGAGAAAAUGAAAUCCAGCCAAGUGGCAAAACGUAUCGUUUACGAAUUCUGA